GGCCGUGGCGUCGGGCGCUCUUGUCUUUCCCGAGCGCCUUCUGCCCUCUCACGUGGGGAUUGAGUCCAACUAUUGCCUUGCCGAAUUCUGCUUACCUGAUCAUCCGACGCUCCAGGGCCGUUUCUGACGCCAUGUCAAGGUUGUUCAUUCUCAACGUCCUUCACUUCUGUCGACGCAUUACAAUUUUCAUCAAUCUGUCGCGACUCCAGAAUUGACCUGCGCGCAACUCCCUGCCAAAUUCAACAUCACAGAGCUAGGCCUGAUGUCUUCAAAUUCCGCCGUGCGAUGCUUGUCACGAGCACUGCCUCGUCCCACAUCUACCUUAGGCUCCACGACAAAUCGACUUGCGCAACGCUCGGUGGGAUGGCAGUCUCGAUCUUUCGGUGGUGCUCCCAGAUCAACAGCCUUGAGUGCGUCAAAUCGACAUCGUCGCCCGCUCCCUGCUUCACAUACUCAGUCACUAGCGAGCCCAUCGAUAACUGCCGCGCAAGGCAAGCGAAGCAUCUUCAUACAGACUGAAGAAACCCCGAAUGCAGACGCUCUGAAAUUCCUUCCGAAUCAGAAUGUCUUGCCCGAAGGCUUUCCAUCGUCGUUCCUCGAGUACAUGACUCCGCGAUCAACGCUCGCGCCGCCCCAUCCUUCGCCGCUCGCCGCAAACCUGAUGAAUGUGGAGGGCGUAAAAAGUGUUUUCUAUGGUCGGGAUUACAUUACUGUCACAAAGGACAGCGGCACACAUUGGGCGCAUGUCAAACCAGAGGUUUUCAGUCUCAUCACCGAAGUGGUCACCAAUGGAUCGCCGAUUGUAAACAUUGUGGAGAACAAGACGGGCGAGGACGGUCAGGGUGGCGCAAGUGACGUACAACCAACAUUUGCGCCAGAGGACGAAGAGAUAGUGGGCAUGAUCCAGGAAUUGCUCGAGACGCGUAUUCGACCAGCAAUUCAGGAGGAUGGCGGCGAUAUUGAAUUCCGGGGGUUUCAUGAUGGACAGGUCAUGCUGAAACUACGUGGAGCAUGCCGCACGUGCGAUAGCAGCACGGUCACACUCAAAAAUGGAAUUGAGAGCAUGUUGAUGCAUUACAUUGAGGAGGUUAAGGGUGUCCAGCAGGUCCUUGACCAGGAAGAAGAGAUCGCCCUCCAGGAAUUCGCCAAAUUUGAAGAGAAGCUUCAAGCACAGAAGGGACAGGCUCCUACAUCACCGGCAUCCUGAACAAGCCUGACGCUGACGCGUAUGCUACCUUGUAAUAUCAU